AUUAUUACUACAUUCCCACUAAUAGUUUGAUCGGAGAACUUGGAGUCAAAAGUGCGUGAGCAGUUGUUUCACAUGAUCUGCUUCCUUAUCUUUCGAGUUCAGUAGAUUCUUCUCCCUGUUAGGAGUCGGAAGGCAUGAUGGCGUUCGGUAGAGCUCAGGCGAUUUUGAUGUUCGCCACCAUUUCUCUGCAUUCUGCCGUUGCGGGACUGCAAGAAACACCAGUUUCAGGAGCAGCAGAGGACGUCUUUUUGAUUUCGCCAAGGAGAUCUGCCAAUUCACCUGCUCGAAUCCUCGUGGAGAACACGUCCUUCGUCUUGGCCGCAGAGAGGACUCGAAGAAGAGAUCCUUUAAACGGAUUCAAACUCUACAAUGGUGGCUGGAACAUCAGCGAUCUGCACUACUGGGCCUCCGUCGGCUUCACUGUUGCUCCUCUCUUCGCCGUCGCCGCCGUCUGGUUCUUCGGCUUCGCUCUGGUCUUGUCUUUGAUUUGUUGCUGCUACUGCUGCUUCCCCCGACGCAGUUGUUCCUUCUCCCGCACAACUUGCGCUCUCGCCGUCGCACUUCUCAUCCUGUGCACUGCUGCCACAAUAGUCGGAUGCGUUGUUCUGUUCCAUGGACAGGAUAAGUUCCAUGGAACCACGUCGAACACCUUGGAUUUCGUCGAGGGCCAGUCGAACACCACCGUCUCCAACCUUAGGAGCUUCUCCACCAACCUGGCCGACGCUAAGAAGGUCGGGGUGGGUCAGAUCUCCCUCCCGGCCGAAGAGCAGGCCGCGAUCGACGCAGUCGUGAAAAGUCUCAACGACGCCGCGGACGGCGUUUCCUCGCGCACAGCGGACAAUUCCAAGAGGAUACGAGACUACUUGGAUACUGUGCGUCUUGUGUUGAUCAUCCUCGUGGCUGCAGUGCUCCUUCUCGUUCUUCUCGGAUUAACAUUUUCGAUUCUUGGACUGCAAUUUCUCGUCUACAUAUUCGUCCUCGUUGGAUGGGUGCUGGUGGCAGCAACCUUCUUCUUGAGCGGCCUCUUCCUGCUCCUCCACAAUGCAGUGGCGGACACUUGCGUCUCGAUGGAUGAAUGGGCUCUUCAUCCCCGCGAGCACACGGCCAUGGACGACAUCCUCCCUUGCGUGGACGUCGCCACCACUAACGCGUCUCUGAGGCGAAGCAGGGAGGUCACCUUUCAGCUGGUGAACGUCGUCAACCAGGUGAUCACCAACGUCUCCAACGCCGACUUCCCACCCAUGCUCAAGCCUCUCUACUACAACCAGUCCGGUCCCCUGUUGCCUCCUCUCUGCAACCCGUACGACCCAGACCUCGGCAGCCGCAACUGCACCACCGGAGAAUUAGGGUUCAACAACGUCUCUCAGGUACGACCUUAUGAACUCAUUCGCGAUCCGACCGUCACAAUCAUCAUCACUGACCCCACAAGAACCACCAUUCUUCUCGUGCAGGUAUGGCGCAGCUACGUGUGCCAAGUCACAGUGGUCAAUGGAUCCGACAUCUGCGCCACCGUCGGUCGCAUUACUCCCAAGAUCUACGCACAGAUGAUGGCAGCAGUGACCGUGAGCCACGGCCUGUACCAGUACGGGCCGUUCCUCGCAGGGCUAGCGGACUGCACCUUCGUGCGGCAGACCUUCCGGUCCAUCACCGUCGACCACUGCCCCGGCCUGGGGCGUUACAGCAAACAGGUCUUCAUCGGCUUGGCCAUGGCCUCAGCGGCGGUGAUGCUGUCUUUGGUUCUCUGGGUCAUCUACGCCCGCGCGAGGUGGCAUCGCAAGCGUAACAAGCAGCUUCUGGCUCGAUCCGACCACGAACAACUGCACCUGCAAGAGAAAUAUCUACUGGGAACUCCGAGAUCAGGAAGAUGACGCUGUUCUUCCUGUGAUGUCUCGGUCAAACAGAAGAUAUUGACUCUUUUCUUCCACUAGUAUUGCUUUGUAUGUUGUUUAUUGUAAGUACAGCUGACUGUAUCAAUGACCGGUUAGAUCUUUGUGAGAAUGGAUCAGUCUGACGAGACCAAUUUGA